GGAUUCUUCACGACUCACACAAAUCAGUAAUAAGAUAGCAUCCGUUUCAAAUUCCGCAACUCGGAGAAACCGAGCGAGUCUGACUCUGAGUUACGGCCGAGUCAACUCGUUACUUACAAAAAAAAAACUCGGUUCUUCUCCGCCAUGGCUGCUGCUGCUUCUUCACUCCACACCUCAAUCUCUCCGCGUAGCUUCCUCUCUCUCUCAAAACCGUCUCCGAAACCCCGCCGCCCCCAAAUUUUCCUAAGAAACAAACGAAGCAGCUGCGUUUCGUGCGCGUUGAUCCAUGAUGAAAUCGAUCUGAUUCCUGUGCAGAGCCGAGAUCUCACGGACCACGAGGAAGUUUCCGUGGUGGCUAUGAUCACUGAGACGGAGAGAGAUGUGGCCGAAUCGGUGGUUGUCGGAUUCGGUGCUGCGACGAGCGAAGGUCGGCUUUCGUUGGAAGGGUUCUCUUCUUCUUCUGUAGCUGAUCUGGGAGACGAGAUAAGUCGAGAGAGCGACGAGACGGAGAAGAUGAUCGAUCGGAGCAUCAACGCCACAAUCGUUCUAGCUGCUGGUACUUACGCCAUUACCAAAUUGCUCACCAUCGAUCAUGAUUAUUGGCAUGGAUGGACACUGUUUGAAAUUCUAAGAUACGCUCCUCAACAUAACUGGAUUGCUUACGAAGAAGCGUUGAAGAGAAACCCUGUUCUUGCGAAAAUGGUCAUAAGUGGAGUUGUCUACUCUGUAGGAGACUGGAUAGCUCAGUGCUACGAAGGCAAACCGUUGUUUGAGAUAGACAGGGCAAGAACCUUGAGGUCAGGACUUGUGGGUUUCACUCUCCAUGGCUCUCUGUCUCAUUUCUAUUACCAGUUCUGCGAGUUGCUUUUCCCUUUUCAAGAUUGGUGGGUGGUUCCUGCUAAGGUCGCUUUUGAUCAAACCGUGUGGUCCGCUAUAUGGAACAGUAUCUACUUCACGGUUCUUGGGUUUCUUCGUCUCGAGUCGCCUCUCAGCAUCUUCCAAGAACUCAAAGCUACCUUCUUCCCCAUGUUAACCGCAGGGUGGAAGCUUUGGCCGUUUGCUCAUUUGAUCACAUACGGUUUGGUUCCUGUGGAACAACGACUCCUCUGGGUUGAUUGCGUUGAGCUUAUUUGGGUCACUAUACUUUCAACUUACUCAAACGAGAAAUCAGAAGCUAGAAUAUUGGAGCCUGUCACUGAGACCUCUUCGAGUUCUACUACAUCCAGUGAUGAUCCCUCCAAGGAGGAAUGAGAAAGCUAAAAGCCAAAGCUAUGUGUUGUAUAUAUAUAUACAGAGUUAGCCAAUAGAGUGGCUAGAGAUUUGAGAUUGUUACAGAAGAGAUGAAAAAUAUUCAAAUUUCAAAUGGAUGGAUGAUGGAUCUCUCUUUAUGUGUAAGAAGAUUAACAACUAUCUUGAAUACACCACAGAAACAAUUUUAUUCCAACUCUAUUGAUAUUACAAGUUUACAAACAGAUGUCAGAGUUCUAUAUUUGUGUUGACAAAUGUGGAACAAUAACUCUUAGUUUAUGCCACUCAAUUAUAUUUCUACUAGUGACUAUCAUUAGAUCCCUAA